GGGAGGGGCGUGGGAGACGCCUGCGUGGGUGGGAUUUCUGUACUUAUAUUUAGCGGGGCCGACGGUCACUUAGUCUACCUUUAGGAGCGCGUCAUCCUGUUGGUGGUCUGUGACACUCCGCUGCCGGUGACUCUCGCUUUGCCAGGUGCAGCUAGCCAGACGCCCCUUUCUAACUGUAGGUUCUGAGGAUAAGACACUAAAAUGGCUUCUGUUGCAGUUGAUCAACAACAGAAUGUGGUAACUAGAGUGGCCAACCUUCCCUUGGUGAGUUCAACUUAUGACUUGGUGUCAUCUGCUUACAUCAGCACAAAAGAUCACUAUCCUUACCUCAGAUCAGUGUGUGAGAUAGCAGAGAAGGGAAUGAAGACCAUCACUAUGGUGGCAGUGACCAGUGCUUUGCCCAUCAUCCAGAAAUUAGAACCUCAAAUUGCAGUUGCCAACAACUAUGCUUGUCUAGGAUUGGAUAGAAUUGAAGAAAGACUGCGUAUUCUGAAUCAGCCAACAGAUAAGGUUGUUGCCAAUGCCAAGGGUGCAGUAUUUGGUGCAAAGGAUGCUGUAACAACAACUGUGACCAGUGCCAAGGAUUCUGUGACUCACACUAUUAAUGGAGUUGUGGGCAGAACAAAAGGAGCAGUUAAUGACAGCGUGGAAAUGACCAGGUCUGUAGUGAAUGGAGGUAUCAACACUGUCUUGGGAAGUCGAAUGGUACAGAUGGUGAGCAGCGGAAUUGAAAAUGCGCUUAGCAAGUCAGAGUUGCUUGUGGAUCAGUAUCUUCCGCUCACUGAAGAGGAACUAGAAAAAGAAGCAAAGAAAGUUGAAGGGUUUGAUGUGGCUCAGACACCAAGUUACUAUGUUCGUUUGGGAUCUUUGUCCACCAAACUCCGCUCACGUGCCUACCAGCAGGCCUUAAGCAGGGUUAAUGAAGCCAAACACAAAGGCCAAGAGACUAUUUCUCAGCUGCAUAACACUAUGAAUCUGAUAGAGUUUGCCAGGAAGAAUGUUAAUAGUGCCAACCAAAAACUACAGGAUGCCCAGGAUAAGCUAUAUCUCUCUUGGCUGGAAUGGAAGAGGAGUAUAGGCCAUGAUGACAGUGAUGAAUCCCACUGUGCUGAGCAUAUUGAAUCCCAGACUCUGGCUAUAGCUCGGAACCUGACACAGCAACUCCAGACCACCUGCCUUACUCUUAUGUCCAAUAUCCAGGGUCUACCCCAGAAUAUUCAAGACCAAGCCCACCAUGUUGGGUCAAUGGCUGGUGAAGUCUGCUCAGUAUUUCGAAAUGCCACUUCCUUUAAGGAAGUAUCGGAUGGUCUCCUCAGUUCCAGCAAAGGGCAGCUACAGAAAAUGAAGGAGUCUUUAGAUGACCUGAUGGAUUAUGUUGUUAACAACACUCCUCUCAACUGGCUGAGGACUGCAAUUGCUGGAAGUCUGACCAUGGAUUAUCAAGUGCAUUAUUACUUUACUUUUCUUAAGGUGCCAGAUUUCACCAUCACUGACUUAUCUUCUGAAACUUAUGAAAUUCCAGACAUUUUAGCUUCGGAUGAGGAGGACGAAGUUGAUUAUUCAAGAUUUAAUGGAUCUGUUAACCUAAGUCAGAAUAAUGAAUAAAGAACAGCAAACUGAUCUCGAAUAUAGCAUUUUACCUUGCUAAAUUACAUGUUUUCUCCAAGUAUUUUUUAUAGUUUUUGGGAGUGGUAGUAAAUUUUGUUUUAAUUUUAUUGAUUCCUUAUUUCAUUCCCCAGAGCAACUGUUACAAACUUUUUCUUCUUUAUUCAAGUCGCCCAGUGCGCUCCUGUCCUCCACGAUUACAGCAAAUAAUACACCGAGGAAACAGACUGAUCCAUGUUUCCCCAGUCCUCUACUUUUCAAAAUUACAUGCCUCUGUUCCCAAUCUCAUUCAUUCCUGUGAUCUUGUUCUAGGAAUUAUCCUGUCUCUAAAUACAUCAUCCCCCUCUUUCUCUCUAUUUCUUUUCUAUUGGCUUACAAACAUUGGUCAAAUUUCCCACAUCCUAAAAAUAUCCUUUGUUGAUCCUGUCUUAGCUAGCUACAGUUCAGCUUCUUUCUCCCUUAGGUUUCUUGGAAAGUUGGAUUAUACCUGAUACAACCACUCUCUCAUCACUUCCCUCAUUAACCUCAUUUAACUUGGCUAAUGGAACUCCCCUCAGAAGAUAAAAAUCAGUCAACUAACAAGCCUCUAUUAAUUUCUUAUGAUGGGAUAAAUACAAUGAAAGAAACAAUCCUUGCUCAAAAGGAUUCCUAUUUAAUCCCAUGGCCUUUUUAUUUUAUUGUUUCAAAGUUACAUAUAUUUUUUCAAUUUCCAACAUUUUAAAAUUCCAACAAAUUCCAACAUUCCCACAAAACCCCGGACAAACAGAAAACAAAACGCUUGCAAUAAAUAAACAUAGGUAAGCAAAAACAAAUUCUCCUACUUGCUAUGUGGAAGAAUGUGUCUCAUUCUGUGUCAUCACUGCUCUAGUAGGAAGUAGUUAGCAUUCUUCACCAUCAGUCAAUUGGAAUCAUGAUCUAUCAUUUUGGUGUUCAGCAUUCUUAAGUCUCAAGGUCCUCUUUUGAGUCUCUGCAUGGGGCAUUUGCCACUAUUGACCGCCUUUCUCCUUUUGGGUCCUAUCUCUUCCUUUGGUUUCUUCCUUCUGCUUCUUUAAUCUCCCCUUCUCUGUCUCCUCUGCUGGCUCCUCAUUGAAUUGUUUUGAAUUGUUUAAUUUGUUCUAAAAAAACCACUGGAUAUCUGUUUUUUUGUCUUCCAUAGUAUGUGUAAGAAAUUCUGGUUGUGAAGGCUAUUAAUCUAGCUUGAUAAUCACUGAAAUGGUUGAAAUAAAAAGUUUGAGCACUGCCAUUUA